CGGCUAAAACAGAGUGACACACUGACACUAACAAAAGCAUCGAUCCAUAAUGGCUAUAUUCAGCAAGUGUCUUAGCAAGACAGAUAUUCGGAAGAGACUUUCCGUUCCGAGCAAGUCUCUCAAGUAUUUCCCACUUUCCGGUAAACAUCAUGCUGUUGACUUGGAGGUGAAGGACGAGAGCGGUCGGGUCUGGACAUUCCGGUGUUGUACCCGCAAGAAUGGGCACCAGAAACCAGUUCUUACCAAGGGAUGGCGGCAAUUUGUUUGCACCAAAAAGCUUGAAAUUGGGGAUAGAGUUAAGUUUUGCAAGGAUGAAAAGGGUCCUGGCAGGUACUGUGUUAAAGUGGAAAAAGCUGUUAAAGUAUUUGGUGUUGCUCUUGGACAUGUGCCCAAUUUGUCCCUCCGUUUAGAACAAUAGAUUUUCUUAGUAUUAAUGUUGCAUGGUUUUCUUGUAAAAAAUUCAUAUAAUUAAUUGGUAGUGUUUGGUACAUAUAUAAAUUGGUAGUUUAAUCAUUGUGAUAUAUAAGUAGACAUUAAUCCCUUCUUAAGUUUGUUCAAGGAAAAAACCAAAAAAAAAUAAAAAAAUUGCACAAUG